AUGGCUUCUCAACCCUUCCAGCAGACCUCUUCCAAGAGGCCACGGCUGUCGCUCAAGAUCAGCACCUCCAGCCCUUCAGUCCCCAGCAGGCCCACAAGAGGCUUCCAAGUCGACCCUACCGAUCGCACCGCAUGCAACACACUGUCCAACGUAUACGCCACGGCCAUUGAGAGAUUUACGCCAGUCCAAGCAGAGCCCCUCACAGCAAUCAACACCCUACAAAGCUUCUCUCUCAAGACGCCAGUCGAGCCUCGAGGCCCCAAGCUAAGAAUCAAGACGCCAUAUGUCGCCGCAUUUCCAGAGACACCAACCACGGAGACGUCGGGCUCGCCGCCCCAGCAGAUGGAAAUUGCCUUUCCCAGCACAAUGACACCGACGCCUCCCAUGUCUGCUGGCGCCGUCGACCCCAACGGACCAAAGGCCUUUUCUUUCUCUCCCAUGGACAUCUCCUCCAAGACCAGGGCAUAUGCCGUCACCUCUCCAUGCUCACCUAUUGAGCCUCUUCUCUCCAGGCGGUUUACUUCCCUCUACACUACUGGCGCCCCGGCUCCCUAUACGCACCCUCACUCUCUCCACAGCAUUCUACGCAACUCACCUCUUCCCCCCCGGACGGCGAUUCCAGCCUCUCCAAGGCGGCAGUCCUUGCGGUUGCAGGAAAAGGCUGCCAAGCGAGUGGGCUACAACAACCCUCUCACCCAGACCAUCAUCACCAACAAGUACACCAAGUCGCACAUCGACCUCCUCGUGGAGGAGGCUUCGCCCGCCUCGCCGUCGUUUUCACCCAUUGGGGGCGACAGGGCAAUCAACAUCAAGCAAGCGUUCUCGCCCAACGAAAUCGAGAAUGGGGGCCAGACGCCAGGCCCGUUCGAGGACAUGCGACGCAAGCUUGCGGCUUUGAGUGGCGGUGCAGCAGCUUUGUCUCCAUCGGACACGGGUGGCAUUCGCAAGCGCAAGCGCAAGGAGAAGAAACGCCGGUGGGUCUGGACAAUUGGCGUGGCGGACGAGGAAGAAGAGGAUGACGAACGCAUUGGAGGCGCAAUCGCGGCCUCGAGGGCUGAAGCCGCCUCUGCAAGGGCCAGGAUCACGGCCAAGACGCCUCGUGGCGAUGAGGCAGUGUCGACGACAGUUGUCCCAGAUAUCCAGAUGGUGCCUGACACACCGACAGCAAGCAUCGAGAGCAGCGCAGAUUCGGCCAUCGACAUUGACAUGUCAGAUGCCAGCAGCGUCGUCUCGGAAGAUUCUCAGCACUUUCUCGUCGCCCAUUUGGCUUCAGCCGAGCCGGACAUGAAGACGCCUACAGAGCCCAGGGCGCAGUACAAUAAGCGGAAGCGGGAUACGCCUAUCCCAGAGCUAGCUGAGGCGCAGGACACGCCCGUCAGCGGGCACAGCUGA